GAACUUAUCACCGGGAUCAGCUGAGCUAGCACCAACAAGUGACAUCCACUAAAAUGCUGUGGUGUAGAUUAUAAUAAUUAUUAUUUGUAGUGCAUGCAGCAGUCAGAGACUCAGAGUCAGUCGAUUUUUGUCAUUUUGUGGUGAAGUGGAGAAAAGAAGAGGAACGUGGAUUUUGUUGCUGACUGAGUUGCACUGAGUUGCAAUCAUGAAUACUCUCGUCUUGACGUUGCUGCUGUGUCUGGCAGUAGGCAACCCGGCCGUCUCCGGUACGGAACCGGGAUUUCGCACAGCCAUCACGGAGAAAGGAUUCGACUACGUGAGAUCGGUAGGCAUUCCCAUGUUGGAGAAGCAAUUAUCUGGUAUGUCUAUAUCAGAUCAAAAGGGCAAAGCCAGUUCACCAAUAGGGAAGAUCGAUUACACAGUGUCAAGCAUCAAGGGUGGUACGAUGUCCAUUCCGAAGUCCUCCAUUACCCUGGCAUCGAGCAGCGGUAUUACCAUCUCGGCAUCGGAUGCGUCGCUAGCUGUGAAGGCCGAUUGGCAUUAUCGCAUGGAAUCGUGGCCACAUGUGUCGGACCACGGCAGCUGUGAUAUUUCUGUCUCUAGUGUUAGCCUGACAUUCAACGUUGUUCUUGGGAAGGAUAGCAGUGGGCAUGCUACAGUAUCGGCAGGAUCCUGUCAUGCUGACAUCGGGCACAUGGAUGUGAAGUUUCACGGAGGCGCAAG